CUUUUGCUCCUCGACACAUAGAACAGGAUAGACGACACGGAUGGAGGAAUGUCCGCCCCUUCGGGCGCGAUGGUUCUUUGCGCUUGACGAUGGGUGGCAGAAGUUCAGUGACGAGGAUGAUGCAGCGCUGGAAGAAAGGUGGUCCAAGGCCCAAUCGCUUGGCGAAGAGCGGAGAAAAUGGCUCGAUGCGCAGAAGCAGCGCAAGGAGGCCGAAGAUGCGGACGCUCCACCGUCUGGUGUCGAUGCGGUCAAGAACGCUAUUAUGAGUUAUGUCAAUUCGCAAGAGGAGACACGGAAGGCAAAGAACGACGAGGGAAAGGAGCAGGAAACGGAUGCUACGAAGGCCGUCGUCAAUGAGCAUCUCGAUCCCGACAAAGACGAGAGCCAGCGGGAAUUUCGGGUCGCUGUCAUGGAGGACAAGCUAUUCGACGUGGAUCUGGUGCAGAUGCAUCUUCUGCCCGUAUUUUGGAAAGGCGUCUUGCUGAAGGUGGUUCGUGCCACCUGGUUCUACGUUACUGGAGAAGGAAAGCACGCUCCCAUCGCACACGACGAAGAUCUGGCGAAGGAUCUGGACUCGGCCUACAACAAAGUCCAACCGUGGAGGCGUCAAUGGGACAAAGAUGGUGAAGAGGUGACGGAGGAGGAAGCGGACGAAGACACACUCUAUCCGCUGCCUAGCAUGGAGAACAAGGGGCAGAUACACUUUGAGGGUCCCGAAUCUGGCAAAAUCUAUACCCAAGAUCUUCUUGGCCACGUGCAGAGCAUUCUCGGCGGGUCUCUCGUUGUCCGAGGAUGGGAGGAGACGAGCCGACGAUCUAGUCCCGACGAAAGAGAGAAGACGUUUGCCGAGACGUGGCUCCCCUGGGCAGGAGGGAGCAAGCCAGACACGGGGGAAGAAGCGCAAAAUUCGAAGAGGGGCCAACUGAAGGAAGGCGCUGCAGAAGCUCCGUCCCGUGCGCAGGCUUCUGAAAAAGGGGGGAAAGGUAGUUCGAAGGAGCACGAAGAGGAGGCCAGCCAGGGCCUCAUCGGAAGACUUUGGCCUAGCUCCGACGCUUUGGCGAGGCCUCGAGUCAGAUUCUUGCAAGCAAUUGGCUGGAGCACGGACGAUGCGAUUGACGAAGACAAGAGAGGUGCAAUGCAAGAGAACACGGAAAAGAGCUUGCGUACCGAGCGGGACAACAACGAGGCCAAAGACAACGAAGAAGAUGAUGAGCUAGAUGAGGACAGCGAGGAGGGGGAGCAAAGUGUUGGUCAAGAGAUUCGCGACGACCGUGCCAACGAACCUCCGGAGCUGGUCCUCGUCAUUCACGGAAUUGGACAGAAGUUGACGGAAGACUUUGACGCCAUCGACUUUGUGUACGACGUGGAGCGUUUUCGCAAUCUGUCAAAGAAGAUUGCAUCCGACAAAGCCAUUCGCCGCAUCUCACGAGGCAAGCGCGCCCAAUUCUUGCCAAUUUGCUGGAGGAAGGAUCUCAACUUUGAUGAUUGCGAGACGCUCAAGGGCCGUGACAACGUCUAUGGUCUGCGGGACGUGAGCAACGACGCGAGCAUCCCCUUGGUCCGGAAUGUCAUAUCCAAGGUGAUCUUGGAUGUGCCCUACUACCUUUCCCGGCACAAGGCCAAGAUGAUCGACGCCGUCAAAAUUGAAUUGAACCGUGUCUAUCGCCUCUUUGUCAAGCGCAACCCAGAUUUUGAGGCAAAGGGCGGCCGAGUCUCACUCAUUUGCCACUCACUCGGCUCAUCGCUAGCCAGCGACAUUCUCUCGUCGCAGCCCACCCACGUUCCCCUCGUCAAGGACGAAAAGAAUGUCGAAGUCCUCCGAAGCAACGAGCAUCUGCACUUCAAUGUCAAGAACCUCUUCUUUGUUGGCUCACCCAAUGGCUUCUUCUUCCAUCUGCACGGUGCCCAGCUGAUUGCCAGGCGAGGAACAGCGCGCACUAAGAACGUGGCCGACGAUGCAGCUUCCGACGAGGUGGGCAGGUACGGCUGCAUGGCGGCCGAGUCGAUCUACAACUGCUACAACGAGACGGAUCCGGUGGCCUUUCAGCUCUCUGCCACGGUUGACGCACCCUACGCUCGCCUGCUGAGGCCCAUCUCGAUACCCGAAGCUGUUCCUGCUCUCCUCGAGGCGCUCGCAUUGCCGCGGCUGUCCAUCAGCAAGCUCUUUGACGAAGCACACCCUUUCUCCGACAAGAGCACCGCCUAUGCACUCCGCCGUGCGAACGAGCUCCCGGCCGGCGUCAAGACGACGUUGGGCGCAGCUUCGGUCAGCAAUGAGAUGCAGACUUUCCAGUCGUCCAGCGGCAACGCCACGCCAGAGCGAGGGCGCGAGUCGACCACGCUCGAUGUUGUGCUCGAAGAAGGGUCCAAGCAGAAAGAGGCCCAACCGCGCAAGAAGGCCAAGGAGGCUGAGGCCAAGCUGGGCACAAAGAUGGAUCUCGCCAGGCUGCAGAAGGCCGAGCGACGCUUCCGCGCGCUGAAUCCGCACGGCUGCAUCGAUUUCACCUUCUCUUCCCAAAGCAUCAACCAGUACCUCGAUAUGCUGGGGGCCCACGUGUCGUACUGGCAAUCACCAAGCUUCUCGACUUUUGUCCUGACGCAACUCUUUGCUGGACCGGGCUUUGACGAAGGAAAGAGCGAGGAAGAGGCGCAAGAGAACAAGGAGAGCAUCCCGACAAUCGUGCCUGAGCUGGUCGUCGAGGAGCCCAAGGGCACUGAGGACGAUGAUGCCGCUGGCGACAAGAGUGGUAACAACGACCGGCAAUAGAGAGAAAGGAAGGGCUCGGAAUUGCUUCAUCUGUACUGUACUUCUGUGAACUCGCUUUAUUUAAUGGGGAAGCCGCC